UUCAAAAAGAAUCUGUCUUUGCAGAGUUCAUUGCCAAAUUUUAAACAGAACGAGUUUUCUGUUGUUCGACAACAUGAAGAAUUUAUCUGGCUUCAUGAUUCCUUCGUUGAAAAUGAAGACUAUGCAGGAUAUAUUAUUCCACCAGCACCACCAAGACCUGAUUUUGAUGCUUCAAGGGAAAAACUACAGAAGCUUGGAGAAGGAGAAGGGUCAAUGACAAAGGAAGAAUUCACAAAGAUGAAACAGGAACUGGAAGCUGAAUAUUUGGCAAUAUUCAAGAAGACAGUUGCAAUGCAUGAAGUGUUCCUAUGUCGUGUGGCAGCACAUCCUAUUUUGAGAAAAGAUCUAAAUUUCCAUGUCUUCUUGGAAUAUAAUCAAGAUUUGAGUGUGCGAGGAAAAAAUAAAAAAGAGAAACUUGAAGAUUUCUUUAAAAACAUGGUUAAAUCAGCAGAUGGAGUAAUUGUUUCAGGAGUAAAGGAUGUAGAUGAUUUCUUUGAGCAUGAACGAACUUUCCUUUUAGAAUAUCAUAACCGAGUUAAGGAUGCGUCUGCUAAGUCUGAUAGGAUGACAAGAUCCCACAAAAGUGCUGCAGAUGAUUACAAUAGAAUUGGUUCUUCAUUAUAUGCUUUAGGAACUCAGGAUUCUACAGAUAUAUGCAAGUUUUUCCUCAAAGUUUCAGAACUGUUUGAUAAAACUAGAAAAAUAGAAGCAAGAGUAUCUGCUGAUGAAGACCUCAAACUUUCUGACCUUUUGAAAUAUUACUUAAGAGAAUCUCAAGCGGCUAAGGUAACUUUAUUGUUCGUUUCUUUACAGGUUGCUGGACUUAAACUGUUUAAAGGAUGGCUUAUUUUUGGAUAUUAUAUUUUCAAAUGUAAAUUUUUUUUUCUCCUCUUGGAAUUGUAGAUCAGGGAAUCCCAC